AUGACCUCCAAGAAGCUGGUGAACUCGGUGGCAGGCUGUGCGGACGACGCCCUGGCUGGCCUGGUGGCCUGCAACCCCAACCUGCAGCUCCUGCAGGGCCACCGCGUGGCCCUCCGCUCCGACUUGGACAGCCUCAAGGGCCGGGUGGCCCUGCUGUCGGGUGGGGGCUCCGGCCAUGAGCCUGCCCACGCUGGUUUCAUAGGGAAGGGGAUGCUGACGGGGGUCAUCGCAGGAGCCGUGUUCGCUUCGCCAGCCGUGGGCAGCAUCCUGGCAGCCAUCAGGGCAGUGGCCCAGGCAGGCACAGCGGGCACCCUCCUCAUCGUGAAGAACUACACCGGGGACCGGCUGAACUUCGGCCUGGCCCGCGAGCAGGCGCAGGCUGAGGGCAUCCCCGUGGAGAUGGUGGUCAUCGGGGACGACUGUGCCUUCACGGAGGUGAAGAAGGCGGGCCGCCGGGGGCUCUGUGGUGUGGUGCUCAUACACAAGAUAGCGGGUGCCCUGGCCGAGGCCGGUGUGCCGCUGAAGGAGAUCAAAGACCGGGUGAACGUGGCUGCCAAGGCCAUGGGAACCUUGGGCUUGAGCUUGUCCUCCUGCAGUGUCCCUGGUUCCAGACCCAACUUUGAACUUGCCGCUGAUGAGGUAGAGCUGGGCCUGGGGAUCCACGGGGAAGCGGGCGUGCGCCGGAUGAAGAUGGCAACCGCCGACGAGAUUGUGAGGCUCAUGCUCGACCACAUGACCAACGCUUCCAACGUGUCACACGUGUCUGUGCAGGCUGGCUCCUCGGUGGUGCUGGUGGUGAACAACCUGGGCGGCCUGUCGGUGCUGGAGCUGGGCAUCAUGGCCGACGCAGCCGUCCGCACUCUGGAGAGCCGCGGGGUGAAGGUUGCCCGUGCCCUGGUGGGCACCUUCAUGUCAGCGCUGGAGAUGCCUGGCCUCUCUCUCACCCUCCUGCUCGUGGACGAGUCCCGCCUGAAACUGAUAGAUGCUGAGACCACCGCGUCGGCCUGGCCGAACAUGCCCAAGGUCUCUGUGACGGGGCGGAAGCGGACCCGGCCAGCCCCCUCCCACCCCGCAGAGGCUCCCGAUAUCACUGUAGAAGGCUUGAGCCCCAGGCGGAUGGUGCUCGUGCUGGAGCGGGUGUGCGCCACCCUCCUGGACAUGGAGGAGCAGCUCAACACCCUGGACCGUGUGUCCGGCGAUGGGGACUGUGGGACCACCCACAGCCGCGCUGCCCAAGCCAUCCAGGAGUGGCUGAGAGAGUGCCCACCCCCCGCCCACCCUGCCAAGCUGCUCUCCCAGCUGUCCCUCCUGCUGCUGGAUAAGAUGGGAGGCUCAUCAGGGGCCCUCUACGGCCUGUUCCUGACCGCAGCGGCCCAGCCCCUCAAGGCCAGCACUGGCCUCCCAGCCUGGUCUGCUGCCAUGGACGCCGGCCUGGAGGCCAUGAGGAAGUAUGGGAAGGCUGCCCCAGGAGACAGGACUAUGCUGGAUUCUCUCUGGGCAGCGGGACAGGAGCUCCAAGCCUUGAGGAACCCACAGGCUAAUCUGUUCCACAUCCUGACCAAGGCAGUGGAGAGCGCCGAAGCUGCGGCCCAGGCCACCAAGAACAUGACGGCUGGAGCUGGGAGAGCCAGUUAUAUCAGCUCCAUGAAGCUCGACCAGCCAGACCCCGGGGCAGUGGCCACUGCAGCCAUUCUCCGGUCCAUCCUGCAGGCCCUGCAGAACCUGGAGAGCGAGUGA